CCAUGCGGGCUUCGCUGUUGCUGUCGGUGCUGCGGCCCGCGGGGCCCGUGGCCGUGGGCAUCUCUCUGGGCUUCACCCUGAGUCUGCUCAGCGUCACCUGGGUAGAGGAGCCCUGCGGCCCGGGCCCGCCCCGCCCCGGGGACCCCGACCUGCCCCUCCGCGGUUACACCAACGCAGCCCGCCGGCCCAACUCGGUGCAGACCAGCCCGGAUCGCGAGCGGCCCGAAGACACGGAGAGCUGGGAACCCCGUGUGGUGCCCUACCGCCCCACGCACUCUAGCCAUAUCCCCAAGAAAGCAGUCAGGACCCGGUAUAUCAGCACAGAGCUGGGCAUCCGCCAGAGGCUGCUUGUGGCUGUGCUCACUACCCAGGAUACCCUGCCUUCGAUGGGUGUGGCAGUGAACCGGACACUCGGACAUUGGCUGGAGCAGGUGGUGUUCCUGACUGGCACGAAGAGCCGCAGGGAGCCCCUGGGCAUGUCGGUGGUGGAGCUAGGGGAGGAUGGACCCAUCGGCCGGCUCCACCUGGCUCUUCAGCACCUCUUGGAGAAGUAUGGGGAAGAUUUUGACUGGUUCUUCCUGGUGCCAGACAACACCUAUACAGAGGCCCACAGGCUAGCCCAGCUGGCUGGUCACCUCAGCUUGGCCACAGCCUCCCAACUCUACCUGGGCCGGCCUCAAGAGUUCAUCGGGGGAGAAUCCGCCUCCAGCCGAUACUGUCACAGUGGCUUUGGGGUGCUGUUAUCCCGCAUGCUCCUGCAGCAACUACAACCGCACUUGGAGACUUGCCGAAAUGACAUUGUCAGCUCUCGGCCCGACGAAUGGCUGGGCCGUUGUAUCUUUGAUGUCACCGGAGUCAGCUGUACAGGCGAGCACCAGGGCGUGCACUAUAACUACGUGGAACUGGGCAGUUCUGGGGAGGCGCUGCAGGAGGGGGAUCCCCACUUCCAGAGUGCCCUGACUGCCCACCCAGUGCGGGACCCCGUGCACAUGUACAAGCUGCACAAGGCUUUCACUCGAGCCGAGCUGGAGCGCACCUAUCAGGAGAUCCAGGAGCUGCAGCUGGAGAUCCAGAACACCAGCCGGCUCUCGGUGGAUGGGGAACAGGAGGCAUCCUGGCCUUUAGGCAUCCCAGCCCCGUUCCGUCCCUCCUCUCGAUUUGAGGUGCUGAGCUGGGACUACUUUACGGAGAACCACGUUUUCUCCUGCGCCGACGGGUCUCCCAGUUGUCCUCUGCGAGGAGCCGACCGCGAUGAUGUGGCCGACGUGCUGGGGGCUGCCCUGGAAGAGCUAAACCGACGUUACUACCCGGCCCUGCAGCUUCGCAAGCAGCAGCUGCUCAAUGGCUACCGGCGCUUCGACCCGACCCGGGGCAUGGAGUACACGCUGGACCUGGAGUUGGAGGCGCUCACCCCAGAGGGGGCCCGCAGGCACCUCACCCGUCGAGUCCAGCUCCUGAGGCCCCUGAGCCGGGUGGAAAUCCUGCCGGUGCCCUACGUGACGGAGGCGUCCCGGCUCACCGUGCUCCUGCCGCUGGCGGCAGCCGAUCUCGACCUGGCGCCCCACUUCCUGGAAGCCUUCGCCGCGGCCGCUCUGGAGCCGGGGGACACGGCCGUGGCGCUGACCCUGCUCCUGCUCUACGAACCUCAGCAAGCGCAGCACGUGACCCACGCCGACGUCUUCGCUUCGGUUAAGAGCCGGGUGGCGGAGCUGGAACAGCGGUACCCCGGCUCCCAAGUGCCCUGGCUCAGCGUGCAGACGGCGGCCCCCGCGCCCCUGCGCCUGCUGGACCUGCUCUCCAAGAAGCACCCGCUGGACACGCUCUUCCUGCUGGCCGGGCCAGCCACGGUCCUCACUUCCGACUUCCUGAACCGCUGCCGGAUGCACGCGAUUGCCGGCUGGCAGGCCUUCUUCCCCAUGCACUUCCAAGCCUUCCACCCUGCCGUGGCCCCCCCGCAGGGCCCGGGGGCCCCCGAGCUGGGCCGGGACACGGGUCACUUUGACCGCCAUGUAGCCAGCGAAGCCUGCUUCUACAACUCCGACUACGUGGCGGCCCGGAGCCAGCUGGCGAAGGCUUGGGAUGGGGAAGAGGAGCUCCUCGAGGGCCUGGAUCUCUACGAACUGUUCCUCAAGUUCUCCAGCCUGCACGUGCUGCGGGCCGUGGAGCCCGCUCUGCUGCAGCCCUACCGACACCAGCUGUGCGGGGGGCAGCCCGGCGAGAACCUCUGGCAGCACUGCCGCCAGAGCGUCCUGGAGGGCCUGGGCUCCCGGGCUCAGCUGGCCAUGUUGCUCUUUGAGCAAGAGCAAGGGAACAGCACCUGAUCCACCUGGAGCCGCCGCCACCCAGUCCGCGGAAGCCAUUGCGGCCCUCCCUCCCCUGCGGAAAUUCGAGCUGCUCUGCCUCCAGCCCCGGGGGCUUAGCUCUGGAGGGGGCCCUUCAGCCUCGGGGCUGGAAAGAGCCAGCAGCAAGCAGCAGCGAUUUCUGGGUGGGAGCCUGGUCUCUGCUCUGGGGACUUGGGGGAGAGACUGGAGCCCUCCCACCUCACCUUGCCCGGUUCCGACAUUUGGGCCCUGGCCUUUUUAAGUAUUUAUGCAGAAAAAUCUGCUCGACGCCAGCGUCCCUCCCCCCAUGGGGGGUCCAGCCUGGGGGAGUGGGGAGCUGCAGGUGAAAGUCUGGAUAGAGUCAUUCUGGGCUUGAGGGCCUGGCUUACAAAUAGAAUUUAAUGGAUGGUCAGGAGUCCCUAGAACCGAAAUCCACCAUCCCCUGAUGAAGCUGAUUGCCUUUAAUAAACCAGCUGAUCUUGUA